CCCUUGAAUUCAGCCAAUCGUACGCGCUUCCCCUGCCGGGACAGAGAGAUGGAAGGGUGCGGUGACAGACUGUGAGAGAGGCGGACAGAAGAGAAGCAGUCUCCUUGACUUUCUGAGAAAGCUCGGAGAGCUCAGCCAAGUGGUGACUCCACAGAUUCUGUAACGGAUCUCUGCAAGUGGGAAGCGAGAAGAUAAAAUGGAGGGGAAAAGGAUUGUCCAUUUAGUGUAUGUGAUGGUUAUGUUGACUUUAGCUGCUUCUGCAGAUGAAAAAGGCAAUUCACAGAUCACAACCGAUGAUGCUGGAGAAGGUGUCAAACUCACCUGUAAAAACGCAAAGAAAUGGAUUAUAGGUAGAAAAGAGAUUUUGAACCAAACAGAAAUAGUACUCGAGUACAAGGAUGACAGUUCGGGCGAAUACACAUGCCAGACUGAUGAUGACAAUGUGAAGAUCUUGGUAAAAUUUCGAACCUGUGACAACUGUGUGGACUUGGAUGUUGGGACCGUGGCUGGGAUCGUCGUGGGAGAGGUCAUUGCCACGGCUUUAAUCGGAGUGGCCGUCUACCUCCUUGCCUCCCAGCCCCAGGGAAAGGUCUACCGUCAGGCCAACAAAGCGUCGGACCGACAGAACCUUAUUCAGAACCAGCAGAAUGACUCCACUUACCAGCCCCUCUCCCACGGCAAUGCCUCCGAGUACAGCCAGCUGGAGCCAAGGCGUGGGAGGAAGCAUUGACCGCGCCCGCGCAAAAACACCCUGCGGUCAGCUCAAGGUGGCCGACCCCCAGACCUGAUGACGACCGUAACCACAAGGCCCUGUGUUUACGCUCAUAGCAUCAUGCACAUCAUGUGAUCCUCACCGACCAAUAGCCUGACAGGUCACCUAUAUAAAUAUACACAGCAUGUUCAUUUUCAAUUUAAUCGUCCAUAGCCAGUACCCUGACAGGCCAUCUGUAUAAAUGUACAAAAUAAGUUUAUGUUUGUGUUUAAUGAACCCCUCCCCAGCCAGUGGCCCGGUAGGUGUCCUAUUUGAAUACACACAGUAUGUUUAUAUUUUACGUAACCUGGAUUUCUCUUCAUUCAGAACCUACGAAAUCACCAUGAUAUUGACAUGUCCUAUGUUUAUUAUCACCUAUAUUGUUGCAUUGUUUUGUAUUGUUUUGUCUGUUUUGUUGCUUUGCUUUGACCUUGAUCCCUUGUGAGCAAUGGGAAACAAAUGUUUGAGGGUAAAAGGAAAAUCAAAUUCUAUAUAUAUAUAUA